AUGCUUUAUUAUGUUGUUUCAUUGCUCAGUUCAAUUUAUUGUGAUGGUCCAAUUCUUCAAGCUGUACAGGAUGCCAGACUAUUUUCUGAUUCAAAAUAUUUUGUAGAUAUGCCUCUUAAACAGGAUCCAGUUGCGACACUUCGUGCCUUCUACGAAUUGGGUGAAAAAAGCAAAGAUGCCGAAACAUUAAGUUCAUUUGUUGAAGCACAUUUUGAUGCUCCUGGACAUGAGCUACAAGAAACAUAUCCUGAAGAUUGGGUGCCUUUUCCUAAUAGUUUUACCAACAUUGACGACUAUCAACUUCGUCGUUGGGCAUUACAUUUACACCGAAUCUGGCGUGAUCUUUGCAGAAGGGUAAAGGACGAUGUCCGUCUUCAUCAAGAGCGUUACUCUUUACUUUACGUUCCCCAUCCAUUUAUUAUUCCUGGUGGCCGUUUUAAAGAAUUUUAUUAUUGGGAUUCUUUUUGGAUAUUGAAGGGACUUCUUUUUUCUGAAAUGUAUGAUACAGCAAAGGGAACGAUUCUCAACCUUAUCUACAUGGUUGAAAAUCAUGGUUUUGUACCUAAUGGAGGGAGAGUUUAUUAUUUGAGUCGGUCACAACCUCCACUUCUCACUCCAAUGGUUUAUGAAUAUUUUCUAGCAACUGGUGAUGUUGAUUUUGUUCAACAAGUUCUACCCGCACUUGAAAAAGAACAAACUUUUUGGAAUUUAAAUAGAGCACGGUCUUUUCUUGAUCCGGAAACGAAAGAAGAAUUAUUUCAAUAUUAUCAAUAUCGGGCGGCGAUGAAAGAAGACAUGGAAAUGGUGAAAGGAUUGAAUACGGAUGAAGAACGUGAACAGAUGUGGUCGAAUUUGGCAUCGGCCGAAACUGGUUGGGAUUUUAGUACUCGAUGGUUUGCUCAAGAAGGGCCAAGCAUGCACGAUUUCAAGUCAAUAAGAACUCUAUCAAUAGUUCCAGUAGAUUUAAAUGCUUUUAUGUGCAUUAAUAUGAGGAUUUUGGCUUCUUUUUAUGAAAUUUUUGGUGAUUUUAAACGAAAAAAUGAAUAUUAUGCUCGUUAUCAAAAAAUGAAAUUGGCAAUGAAAACACUUCAUUGGAAUGAAACUGAUGGAAUUUGGUAUGAUUUUGAUUUGGAAAGAUCAGCACAUUCAGCAACAUAUUAUGUUUCUAAUGCUUUACCUUUAUAUGCAAAAUGUUUUGAUGAUGAAGAUGAAACAACUCCUUUUAGAAUAUAUGAUUAUUUGAAGAGAGAGGGCGUAUUGAAUUUUACAAAAGGAAUACCUACAUCGUUAGCUAUGAGUAGUGUUCAACAAUGGGAUAAAGAAAAUGCUUGGCCUCCAAUGGUGCAUAUGAUAAUUGAAGGCUUUCGUACCAGCGGUGAUCAAAUGUUAAUGAAGGCUGCCGAAAAUAUGGCAACCCAAUGGCUAAUUGUUAAUUAUAAAUCUUAUGUCACAACUUAUGCAAUGUUUGAAAAAUAUAAUGCUUCUUUAUUAACUGAGGAAUGUGGUGCUGGGGGUGGUGGGGAAUAUGAAGUUCAAAAAGGUUUUGGAUGGACAAAUGGAGUAAUAUUAGAUUUACUAGAUAAAUAUGGGUCAAAAAUAUCGGUAGCAGAAGAUGAAAGAACUAGUGGUUAUUCAUUAAUGAUUACAUAUACAUUAGGGGCUCUUUCUGCAUUUUUCUCUUUAGUAGCAACUUUAAUGUUCCGAACACAUUUAUUUGAGAGAAUUUAUUUAAAUAAUGUAUUUUAA